GCGCCUACGCGUGCUACGCGCCUAAUAUCUCUGUCUCUGAUGCCAACUAAACUAAAUGGAAAUUAUUUUUGUUUGGACAAAUGGAAAUUGAAUAGUGUUUAUUGAUAAAAUAAAAAAUAUUGAUUUCACUUUUUGGGUGUAAGGUGUAAAAUUAUUAUUGGAAUACAUAAAAUCAAGUGUAGUCAAAUGGAAGUCAAACAAGAAAUUAGUGAGGAAACGUGUAAAAUAGAAAUAGAAUAUAAUCACUCAAAUCACUUGGAUGAUGCUGUUUUGGAUGAAUUUAAAAGUGAAAUUGAGGAGGAGUCUAAUAGAGAAAGUACUCAUGGCACAUAUGAAUCUUUACACUUUGAAGAAAACUACAUUGAAACAAAACCAUUUGAAGAAAACCAAAAAACUGAAAAAGAUGACAUAAAAGAAUGGUUAAUUUGUGAUGAGGACGCAAAAAGCUAUCCAUUGUUGACAGAUGAUGAAAUGGUUGAAAUGGCAACAGAGGCGGAGGAAGCAGAUUCAGAAGCUGACACAGACUACAGCUGACAAAUUGAUUAGAUUGCACAAAAACAAAUCUCUCUUAUAUUGUCAAACAAAACCUACAAAUAAAAUUUGAGAGCUGUACGAUGAAUUUUUAUUUUUUUUAAUGUUCUGUUAACCGUCUUUUCGAUUACCCGUCAUACCCUUGGUCCGGUGCCCUGACGGAUAAUCGAGGUUCCACUGUACA